CAAUGAGAGAGGAAGAGUUGAGGGUUGGUAGAUGGAGGCACUGGUGGAAGUGUGCGAGCCAUCAGAGGUGCGGAUAGAGUUCGCGCUGAACUGCAAAUGUCGAGCCACGGUGCGGCUUCGAUCCCUAACGGCAACCACAUCGGUGGCCUUCAAGAUCCAAACAUCUUCCCCGAACAAAUUCCUGGUUAACCCGCCGAGUGGACUCAUUCCCCCUUCGUCCUUCGCCACUUUCCAAGUUAUCCUAAAGCCGCAGUCCCAUUUCCCACGCUCCUACCCUCGCUCCCCCGCGGACCGUUUCCUAAUCAAAACCGCCGAGUUUAGCCCCAACUCGUCCGGUCCCACUCACCCCGAGUCCAUCAACUCGUGGUUCGCCUCUCGCCCCUACGGCUUCUCCACGCGGGACCUCAAACUCAAGGUGACCUUCGUUGGCCCCCUCCUCCUCCGCCACGCCGUCACUCACGGCGAUUUAGACGCCGUCAGGAACUUGAUUAAACGACAGCGUUCAAUCCUCGCGGAUUUCUCACCCACCCAAGCCGAGUCGCUUCUCAGCGACGCCACGCAGUUGGACAACCCGGACGACAUGGUUCACCUCCUACUGGAAGCCGGCUUGAGAAUAAUCCACAACCCCAAGGACCCUCACGAGGCAGAUACAAACACAAACGAAGAGGUGGUGGUGGAGGUGGGAGAAGAAGUGUUUGAGGCUUCGAGGCGUGGAGACGCAACGCGAGUGGAGGCGCUGUUGCGGGGUGGUGGGAGUGUGAAGUACCGUGACCGGUACGGUUUGACGGCGCUUCAUGCCGCGGCAUUUAAAGGGCACAAGGAUGUGGUUGGGGUGCUUUGUGAGUUGGCGGGGUUGGACUUGGAUUGUGAGGACGAGGAAGGUCACGUGCCGCUGCACAUGGCGGUGGAGGGUGGCGAUGUUGGAACCGUGCGAGUGUUGGUUGAGAAGGGUGUCAACGUUAAUGCUGUCAAUAAGAGGGGUGCUACUCCUUUGUACAUGGCUAGGAUUUGGGGACAUGAUGAUAUUUGUGAGUUGCUAGUUAGCAGGGGAGCCGUGUAUUCUGUAACUUCCACUUUGGAUUGAAAAUGUAUUUCUUAUCAUAGAUUGUUACCAAAUUGAGCAAUAAGCUAAUAACACAUUUAUGAUCAUGAUUCAUGAUGUUCACCACACAAUCGUUGAUGUUGUUACUUGUAAUAGUGAUGAUUAGGAGUUUCACUUCAUAUGUAUAAUUUUCUUCUUAUUUUUUUUAUUUGAAUAAAUUCGUUAUGCCAUGUUUUGACAAUAUGAUAGAGUUAGGAAAAAUGUAUUGGGGU